GCCCCUCGUUUAUUAGGGUUCGUCUUCCUCCUACUCCGCCUCUGAUAGUUUUAGGGUUUCCACUAUCAAGGGUCGGGAGGAGCAUAACCGCGGAGAAAAUGGCGAGGAUAAAGGUGCACGAGCUGAGGGAUAAACCAAAGGCAGAGCUACUCAACCAGUUGAAGGAUCUCAAAGCGGAGCUCGCUCUUCUCCGAGUCGCCAAGGUCACCGGCGGUGCCCCUAACAAGCUCUCUAAGAUUAAGGUGGUGAGGCUGUCAAUAGCGCAGGUGUUGACUGUUAUUUCCCAGAAGCAGAAAGCGACUCUGAGAGAGGCUUGCAAAAAUAAGAAGUAUCUGCCUCUUGAUCUCCGUCCCAAGAAGACCCGAGCCAUUCGCAGGCGUCUCACCAAACACCAGGCGUCACUGAAGACGGAGCGUGCAAAGAAGAAGGAGACGUACUUUCCCUUGAGGAAGUAUGCCAUCAAAGUGUAGGGUUAUCUAUUGCUUUUAAGUCUGUAUUCUCUAGACCAGUGAAGUUGAUAUAUUGAAUGUUAGUUUUGGAUGCUUACAUUUGAUCGGCAUUCCAGUUUUUCCAUCCUGCUAUUUUACUUCUAUGUCCCUGUAUGCCGCUACUUCACAUUAUAACUUCCCCAAGUUAUCAAAUUACAGAGAUCUUGCUUA